UAAAGUCUUUUUGCAUACUCGUUAUAUCUUUCCUUCGACAAUAUUAGCUUAUACGGUCAAAGGUCGUUACGGUUCCAAUAUUUUGUGGCAACUGGCGAGCCUGGAGGGGCACGUCGUCGUGCUGUUGAUAACGUAAACAAAAUGAUUUCAAGCGUACAAAUGUACAAUAGUAAAAUUUGAGUUCAGCACUUCGAAAGGCUGGUUAGUCGGUUUUUGACAUCCGCGAUAUUCAAAUUCUUCGGCCGAAUCGUGCGUCGAAGACGGAAGUUUUCAUAUCUAGUCUCUUUUCUCGUUGUCCGUUUGGUAACACUGUACUAUUUCUUUUACUAAUUUACUCAUACAAACUCCUUGACUUGCUAUUGUGAACACUGAAUUGUGAUUUCGAUAAUACCGAAUUCGGUCUUCACGAGUUUUUUUUUGUUGAUCACAACACGUUUUUCGUACCUAACCUCGAGACUCAAGAGUCGCGAUUGUUUCUCAUAGCUUGUUCAAUUUUUUUUUAACGCCACAGAUUAAGAAACAUGCCGGAGUUAACGGAAAUUGAUGCAACAAAAAAAGUAAGCUUCGAGGAACCCAAGAAAGAUGCUGCAGACAGUGACAGCGAUUCUAGCGGCGUAGAUGUUGCAGCCGGCAAGGGUGGUGAAGGAGCGAGUGGUGUCACCGCGGAAGACUUGUCCAACAAGGCCAGACAAUCCCGAGGCGAGAAAAAAGCUAGGAAAAUCAUAUCCAAACUUGGUCUCAAGCAGAUCCAUGGAGUCAAUCGAGUGACCAUUCGCAAGUCCAAAAAUAUUCUGUUUGUCAUUAACAAUCCUGAUGUCUUCAAAAACCCAGCAUCUGACACUUACAUUGUGUUUGGUGAGGCUAAGAUUGAAGAUUUAAGCCAGCAAGCACAAGUUGCAGCUGCUGAGAAAUUCAAGUCUGCUGAUAUGAUGCCCAGUGUAUUGGACAAAGAUGGUGCAUCCAGGCCAAUGGUCAGCCAGCCUAUCCAAGAAGAAGAAGAAGAAGAAGGCGAAAUUGAUUAUAAGGGAGUAGAAGAAAAGGAUGUGGACCUAGUCUGUGCGCAAGCACAAGUGACUAAACGUAAAGCUAUUGAAGCUCUACUAAAAAACAACAACGAUAUUGUCAAUGCUAUUAUGGACUUGACGAUGUAAAACUAGGAUACGUAUAUAACGUUUUAAGGGAGAGAAUUAUCAUUGGUUAUACAUUAGACUGAUGAUAAAAUCCAUUAAUAAAUAAGCAGAUUUACUACAUGAUCUUCUGUUAAAUUGAUUAUUUCCUUCACGUUAUUUGUAUAUACUAUUUUUCGAUUCAAUACAAAACUUUCUCUGGCUACAAA